UCCUGUCUCCUCAGGGUCGCUGAGAGCGCUGCUCCCCCUCGUCCCUCAUCGGCCCGCUGCUGGGUGCGCUGGCCGCGGAGUCCCGGAGGGCGGGAGUGCGGGGACCCGGUUCCCUGCUACCCGGGUCGAGCCGCGCGGUUUGCUGCUCGGCUGGCCUUCCGGGCAUGGGCAGGUUUUCUCUGUGGGUUGAAAUGUCUUUGAUUUUAUCUGCCUCAGUCGUUCGUGUCAGAGAUGGACUGCCGCUUUCUGCAUCUACUGAUUAUGAACAAAGCACAGGAAUGCAGGAGUGCAGAAAGUAUUUUAAAAUGCUCUCAAGGAAACUCGCUCAACUUCCUGAUAGAUGUACACUGAAAACUGGACAUUAUAACAUUAAUUUUAUUAGCUCUUUGGGAGUGAGCUACAUGAUGUUGUGCACUGAAAAUUACCCAAAUGUUCUCGCCUUCUCUUUCCUGGAUGAGCUUCAGAAGGAGUUCAUUACUACCUAUAACAUGAUGAAGACAAAUACUGCUGUCAGACCAUACUGUUUCAUUGAAUUUGAUAACUUCAUUCAGAGGACCAAACAGCGAUAUAAUAAUCCCAGGUCUCUUUCAACAAAAAUAAAUCUGUCUGACAUGCAGAUGGAAAUCAAGCUGAGGCCACCUUAUCAAAUCCCAAUGUGUGAACUGGGAUCAGCCAAUGGAGUCACUUCUGCAUUUUCUGUUGACUAUAAAGGUGCUGGUAAGAUUUCUUCUGCUCAUCAGCGACUGGAACCAGCAACUCUGUCAGGGGUUGUGGCAUUUAUCCUUAGUCUUUUAUGUGGAGCUCUGAAUUUAAUUCGAGGCUUUCAUGCCAUAGAAAGCCUCCUGCAGAGCGAUGGUGAGGAUUUAAAUUAUAUCAUUGCAUUUUUUCUUGGAACAGCAGCCUGCCUUUACCAGUGUUAUUUACUUGUCUACUACACCAGCUGGCGAAACGUCAAAUCAUUUUUGACUUUUGGCUUAAUCUGUCUAUGCAACAUGUAUCUCUAUGAACUGCGCAACCUCUGGCAGCUUUUCUUUCAUGUGACAGUGGGAGCAUUUGUUACACUACAGAUCUGGCUGAGGCAAGCCCAAGGCAAGGCUCCCGACUAUGAUGUCUGACGAUGCCCUUCACAUGCAUUGCCUUGGCUUCAGGGGGAAAAGGAGGGAACAUAUUUUAACUGCCACUGCCACUGUGAUGAAGAACCCAGUCAGCACAGAUGAGAAGCUCUGCUGGCUUUCUCUCCAACCCUCCCUUCUUUUUUACAGAUCAGCAUGGCAUGCCUAGGAGCAUGUAAGCCUGCUAGGAAAUGCCUCUUGGAAGUAUCUUGGAAAUGGAAUGCCAGGGCUUUCUCAUUGGAAGACCUGGGAGGCAACAUGAAUUCUCACCAUAUAGCUCAACCACAACCUAGGCAUGAAACAUGCUCUGAGAACCAAGCAGGAACUCUACAGCCUGAGUUUGCCUUUGUGAAGCACUAAUGUAGACCAAGUAAAAAGAUGCUGCAGGAAUUGGGAAGUUUAUGUCCUAAAAUAAUGACUGUACUAAAUAGCAGAUUAUUUGCACAUUUGUAGUACCAAGAGCUUAUGAAGUCCAGAGUGCCGUGAAAUUGAUUCUUGUACUUUUCUGUUUCUGCCAAGUUCUAACUCUGAAAGCCACCUGGCAUGGGAGAAAGCUGUGAUGAGUACAUCUGUGGAGUAUCACAGACGCUUGACAGCACAGUGACGUGUUUCCUUUCUAGACCAUGUUGUCAUUUC